AUGAAUUCAUUUACUAAAAAGAAUGGUGAAAUAAUAAAUGUAUCUAAUCGAGUUACUUCGAUUGUAUUACAAGAAUCAUCUCAUAUUGAUAGAAAUACUUUUGAAAGUCUUGGAUAUGAUCUGAAAUCAGAUUUUCUAAUCUAUGAUGUUACAAAGACGGUAUUAAAUGCUUUUACACCAAUCGUAACACGUCAAUCAUCUAGUAGAAAAGAUUUACUUUUCAUAAGUAAAAAAUUAUCAAUAAUGAUAAAACAUAAAAUAAUUUAUUUAUUGGGUAAUCAUGGUUGUGGUACUCAAAUACUUAAUUAUGAUUUUAUUCAAGAUAAUGAUAUUGAAUAUAAACUUUAUCAAUUAAUAAAUAAUUAUAAUUUUAAUGAUAUAAAUGAUUUACUUGAAUAUGCAAAUGAAAUUGAUAAUGUUGAUAAAAAAAAAUUAUAUAUAAGAUGGUAUUUAAAUAAAAAUUCAUUCAAAUUAAAUAAACAAACUAAUAUUAUUCAAAUAGGAGAAUAUAAUAUACCAAUAAAACAAACUAUAUUUAAACUUAUUAAUGAAGGAGAAUCAAAAAAAAUUUAUAAAGAUAUUACUGGAAAUCCAUUUACUAAUAAUUUAGUAUUUAUUGUAUUAAAAUCUACUAUUUAUUCACAUUCAAAGCAACUUACUGGAGAAAUUAAUAAUUUAGGUUCAAUACGUGCAUGUGGUUGUCAAUUGUUUUUAGAAGUGAUGUGGCGUAAUGGAAUAAAACAUAGUUAUCGUUCAAUAAAUAAAAAUGGUAUUAUUAUAAGUGAUUUAAUUAAUGAAAUUCCUCCGAUUGAAGUUAUUGUUAAAAGAUAUUGUCAAGGAACUGAUAAAAAUUCAUACAAUGAUAUAUUAUUAAAUGAAAAUAUAACAACUAAAGAUAAUUCUUUAAAUAAAUUUGAUAAAAAUAUAUGCAGAUUAGCUGGAUUAAAAUCAUAAAUAUAUAAUUAUAAUUAUUAUUUUUAUCAAAAUGAAAUAAAAAAAUUAUUAAAUAAUAAUAAAUUAAAAAUUCCUUAUCAUUUAAAAUAUUUAUGGUCAAAUAUUUCAAAUCAAAUUAAUCGACGUAUUCUUAUUACAAUGGAUUUAUUUAAUGGUAAACCAGUUUUAGUUAAAAGUUCACAAAUAAAUCAAUAUCAUAGUAAUUCAGAUUAUAUUCAAGCUAUGAAUUAUAUAUCAAUAUUUUCUGAUAUAUUAAUUAUUGAUUUAAAUCGAGUUUUUGAUCAAACAAAUAAAAUAAUUAAAGAAUUAGAAAAUAAAUAUUAUAUACAUACAGGUGGUGGUUUAAGAACAUUAAUUGAUAUUGAUGAUAUGCUUAAAUCAGGUGUUCGUCAUUGUGUUUUAUCAAGUAUGAAUGAUGAAUUAAUUAAAAAAAUUCCAAAAGAUCGUUUAAUUAUUGAAAUAAGUAUAAAUGAAAAAAAUGAAGUUCUUAUAAAUGGUCGUCAAAUUAAUACACAUAUAAAUAUAAUUAAUAAAAUCAAUCAACUUAUUCAAAUAGGUAUUCAAAUUAUUAGUAUAACAUUUGUUCAAACUGAAGGGCAUUUAUUAGGAAUACCUCGUCAACAAAUACAUGAUCUUAUUAUUCAAAUACCAAAUUAUAUUGAAAAAAUUUAUAUUGCUGGUGGUAUAACAACAUUAGAUGAUUUAGAAUAUUUAUGA